UCAGUUGUCCAAUGAGAGACGAGGAUAGUGGGACGUGCCAUCGCACUUCUCCGUCUGCUAAAAGCGUGUGGUCGGUGUGGACUGUAACGUGGAGCUGAGGAGAAGAAAAUGGAUAGAAAAAAUGAAAAGAAUGAAGCCAAAGGCAAAGGAGACAAUAAAGUUUCACAGUCUGAAUGUGAAGAUGAAAGAGCACAGAAUUUUAGCCUCCUGCCCAAGAGUGUGAAAAGAAGAGUUUAUGCCCUGAAGAGACUUCAGCUCCAGAGUGCCAACACCGAGGCAAAGUUUUACGAGGAAGUCCAUGAACUAGAGAGGAAGUACGCUGCGCUCUACAAGCCCAUCUUUGACAAGAGACGAGAGAUCGUAACCGGUGCUGUUGAACCAACAGAAGAGGAAUGUGAGUGGCAAAGUGACAAAGAGGAUGAGGAUCUUGCAGAGGAUUUAAAAAAGAAAGUUGCUUUGGAAGAAAAGCAGGCAGAUUCAGAUGGUGCCGUUGAUCCGAAAGGAAUCCCGGAAUUCUGGCUCACCAUCUUUAGACAUGUGGAUAUGCUCAGUGAAAUGCUGCAAGAGCACGAUGAACCGAUCCUAAAACACUUGCAGGACAUCACUGUGAAAUUUUCUGAACACGGACAGCCAAUGAGUUUCACGUUAGAGUUCCACUUUGAGCCCAACAGCUACUUCACUAACACAGUUCUCACUAAAGUCUACAAGAUGAAAUCGGAGCCGGACGCAGCAGAUCCUUUAUCUUUUGAGGGCCCGGAGAUUGUGGACUGUGAGGGUUGUAAGAUCGAUUGGCAUAAAGGUAAAGACGUGACGGUCAAGGUUGUUAAAAAGAAACAGAAGCACAAAGGAAGAGGGACCAUUCGGACGGUCACCAAAGAAGUCCCGCAGGAUUCCUUCUUUAACUUCUUCAGUCCUGUUAAGCCGACGCCUGAUGGAAUGGAUGAAGAUUUGGACUUCACUUUAGCUUCAGACUUUGAGACCGGACACUUCUUCAGAGAGAGGAUCAUCCCUAAAGCAGUGCUUUAUUUUACAGGAGAAGCCUUGGAUGAUGAUGAUAGUUUUGAAGAGGAGGAUCUUGAAGAGGGAGAAGAGGAGGACAUGGGUGAGGAAGGUGAAGAGGAGGAAGAGGGAGAUAUUGACCCCAAGGCUUAAUUCAUUUCUCACUUCAUGCGUUUCUAGAAGGGUCCUCCUCCUGCCGAGUGCAAACAGCAGUAAGGAUUGUCAACUGGCAGUCACGGCACAAAUCUGGCCACAACAAUGUGGAUACGGGCCUUAACCUCCUCAUGGACUUACCAGACUCUGUACUAAUGCAAUAGGAAACCAAAUUCUGUUUAGAAAAUGCAUGUUCAACUGUUACUGUUUACUUUGACAGAGAUUACCUCUGCACUCCAAUUGAGUUUUUCAUUUAUAAGUCACAGACUUUUGGGAUUGGUGGAUUAAAAACUACAAUUUUUUGGACAGAUGCAAUGUUUAUAGUCACUGUUUGCCCGUAGCCGGUUUAUAAAUGCAAGCAAGGAUCCCACAUGUUUUGAAAUCCUCGCGUUUUUACUGCUUAGCUGAAUUUUGGACACGACCCUAAGAUUGUUUGAACUCCCAGGCUGUAGCAUCACUCAGGGUUUUUUGCCAAUAAUAUCGCCAUCUUUUUCAUGUGGAUGUUUUUUUUUUAUUUGUAUUGUUACAAUAUUGAUUGGUGUCGGUGGGUUUUUGAAGUGGAUGUUCUGCAUACUGGUAGCCAAACAAUGUGGACUGUGUUAAAGUUAUAGCAAUGAUUUGGGCUUUUCCAACGCCCUCACGUGAACUCUUAAUGCGGGACUUUUAUUUUGCCAUGUGGUUGUGUGUUAAGCUGCUUGCAUUCAUGAACAGAAUUGAAUAAAGUACAGUAUUACGUUAACGUUAACAAGCACAUCUUCUAGCCAUUGCAGGUUUACUCUCCGUUUUAACUGUGUGCAAGCCAUAGCCUUAUCUGAAACUUGGGUUCGUAAUGCAGCAUUGUUUUCAUUUUGUACAAAAUAGACAAAAUAUUCUAUUAAAUUUUGUGCGACAAUUCCACAAAAACCUUU